UAAGAUAAGAUUUUCGUGUUCUGUGCCAAAAUCACAGCGAUAUUUCGUUUUCUCUACACAAAUACGCAGCCUGGCAGCUUUGUUGUCAAGCUGGAGAUCAAUAUGCCCGCGCUUGCAUUUGGCUUGACCUCUGCUAGAUCGAAGCCUGGUCUGUCAAAACCUCAGAAGCGGAAAGCUUUCUUCGAUGAAGAAGAAGAAGCCCCAGAGAACCAACCCCCGCCAUCAUACGGCGCAAAGAAAACCUCGAAACCUCUGCGACCAUUAAGCGGCUUUGGGGACGACGAUGACGAUGCUGAACCUCCCAAAGAAGAGCCGAAGCAAUAUGGACUGCAGCCUGCGAAGGGGAAACCUGCGGCGCUCGGAGGAGGAACGGAGAAAUAUACGAACCUCUCUGCUCUACGGAGUGCCAAAUUACACGAUGAGACAGCCUCGAAGAUAGAUGCCUCGGUCUACGACUACGACGCCGCUUAUGACACAUUCCACGCAGAUAAAGAGAAGAAAUCGUCGUCUGAUGGCCAGGAGUCUGGUCCGAAGUACAUGACAUCCCUCCUACAAAGCGCCGAAGUUCGCAAACGAGAUCAACUACGAGCGCGAGAGAAAUUACUACAACGAGAAAGAGAAGCUGAAGGGGAUGAGUUUGCAGAUAAAGAAAAGUUCGUGACCGGUGCAUACAAGAAGCAACAAGAAGAAAUAAGGCGAUUGGAAGAGGAAGAGAAGAAACGCGAAGAAGCCGAGGAAGAGCGACGGAGGAAAGGUGGUGGCAUGACUGCGUUCCAUAAGCAGAUGCUUCAGAAGGAUGAGGAGAGGAUGCGUAUAAUCAAGGAGGCAGAAGAUGAGGCUGCCAGCAAGAAAGCGACCGGAGUACAAGCGGACACCGAGGUCGAGGAAGAGGAGUCUGAUGCGAAGAUUGCUGAAGAGUUGAACAAGCAAGGAGCAAGAAUCGUGGUCAACGAUGAAGGAGAGAUUGUCGACAAGAGACAGCUGCUCUCUGCUGGUCUGAACGUCGCACCCAAGAAGCCUGGAAGAGAGGCAGAAGCACCAAAGAAACAAGACAGCACCCGUCCUCAAGAGUACUGGAAGUCUUCCAAGGCUCAGGACGCGCGACAAGGCCAGCGUGAGAGACAAUCGCGCAUGGUGGAACGGCAGAUCGAGGAGAUGGCGGCGAAACAGAAAGAAGCUGAAGCUGAAGAGGGUAACGCGCUUCAGGAGAAGAACAAGAGCAAAGUCACUGAGGCUGACAAGAUGGGUGCUAAGGAGAGAUAUCUGCAGCGAAAGAAAGAGAGGGAAGAGGAAGCCAGGAAGAAGAAGGAAGAUGGUGGCUGAAGCUGUGAUGAGCUUUUCCAGUCUCUUCCCUCUCCAUCGACGCCAAAGCAUCUUCUUGAGCCAGAGGCGCUCACUGGACGAACAAGCCACCAUCAACAGAGAUGACCUUGUUAUGCACAUAUCCAGUCUUGACCAUCCAGACGACGGUUUCAGCAAUCUCUUCCGGCUUUCCUAAUCUGCCGAUUGGAAUUCCUGCGACACAGCAUAUCAGUCUACGGCCCUGAAAACUCAACGCGGUGCAGACUUACUCGCUGCUAGUUCGGUGCUCCCUGGUAACAUCUUCGUCUCCUCGAUCAAUGCUGGGGCCACUCCAUUCACAGUAAUGCCCUUCUUUCCAUAUGCUCCAGCCAACCAGUGCACAAGCCCGUGCAUGGCGGACUUGGAAGACCUACAGCACAACAUUGGUCAGUCAGCCAUGGCGCCCCUCAGCGUGGACAACAAAACAGACAACCUCUCAACGAGGACGGGGACCAGUAUUUCUCCGGAGCCUCAAGGAAGAAGAACAUACGCAUAAUGAGGCCCGACCACACCUCCCGUGAACCCAGCCACGCUCGAGCAGAAGAUCACUCGUCCCCAACCCUUCUCCACCAUACUCGGCAAGCAAAGCUGCGUCAGCAGAAACGCUGUCCCACAGUUUGCACGCCACGUCUGCUCGAAGUCUUCGAUAGUGAUCUCCGAAAUGUCCUUGACGCCAGACUUGCCCAGCGUCAAGCCAGCGUUGUUGAACAGGAUGGUUGGUUGACCCAUCUCACGUACGACAGCAGCAUGUAAGUUGCGUGCCCCGUCGUAGCUGCUCAGGUCAGCCUGGAAAGACGAUGCCUUGACGCCCAUUGACUGGAGCUGUGAAACGAGGCUUUUCGCAGUGUCUGCAGCGCUGUUGUAGUGUACGGCGAUGCUACAGCCCAAGCGCGCCAACGACAGGCAUGUUGCGUGACCGAUGCCGCCGGUCGCGCCUGUGAUAAGGGCCAAGUAGGAGGAGAGGUCGGUUGUAAGCGCAGACAUUGUGAUGAUGUUUCUUGCGCUGGGGAUGGUGAAUGAGCAGAUACCGGCCAGUGCUGGGUGUUGGUGCUGUAGAUGUAAAGCCUGGUGAUCUGAUCAGAAUCUGCGUAACGUUCAAUAUACGAUUGUCCGCAGCAUGCGAUAGGCUCGAUGCAGACGAGAAUUCGCUGUUGCUUCUCUGCUCG